AUGUCGAAAGGUGUAUUGGCGAAGACUUGGGGAAAACCAAAUGUAUUCAAGAAAGACAGAGAGCCAAUGUUUGGCAAUGGUUUGGUUAUGGUCGAAGGCGUUAAUUGGACACAUCAUCGCCACAUGAUUACACCUGCAUUUUGCCCUCUUAAUCUUAAGGGCAUGGAAAAUAUGAUGGUGGAAUCGACCUCCAACAUGUUGAACAGAUGGGCGAUACAGAUAAAUUUGGGCGUUCCCAUAUUCGACAUGGAGAACGAGAUCAUAGGAACAGCGGGUGAUAUAAGUGCUAAGACAGCUUUGGAUUCAUGGGAGAAAACACAACUCAAGUCCUCAGAAACCUAA